AUGUCUCUCCUCAGCACGGAUGUGUCGGCCCCGCUGUCGCCGGACUCGACCGUCCGCGGUUGCGGCUGGGCGACGAGCUUCGACCCGGCCGUGCCGCACCCCGGCCAUCCGGCCCUGCCGUCCAUGUACGCGCUCCUCCUGCGCUCGGCCGCGGCCUUCCCGAACGCCCCGUGCCUCGGUUGGCGCGCCUCCGCCGCCCCGGACGCCCCCUUCGAGUGGUGGACCUACGCGGACGUCGUCGCCAAGACGGACGCCCUGGGCCGCGCCCUGCGCGACAUGGGCGUGGAGAAGGGCGACCGCGUCGGCAUGUACGCCCGCAACUGCCCGCAGUGGACCCUCAUGCAGUACGCCAUGCUGAGCCAGGGCUUUGUCGUCGUCCCGAUCUACGAUACCCUCGGCCCGAACGUCGUCGAGUAUGUGUGCAACCACGCCCAAGUCAAAGUCGUUUGCGUCUCGGCUGAGAAUUAUCCCAAGCUCGCGAGCGUGAGAGACACAGGCAAGACGCCCACUGUUUCGAGGGUCGUCGUCCUGGGGCACGGAGACAUCGAGCCUACGCCGGAGGCCAUUACUGGAGAGGGGGUUGUGGAUAUUGUCAUGGUGCUGGAUGAGGGGAAGAGCCUGGCGAAGGAAGGUGUUCACGAGCCGCCGGAGGUUACCCUGGACGACUUGAUGGUACUCAUGUAUACGUCGGGGACGACGGGUGACCCCAAGGGCGUCAGGCUUUCGCAUCGUGCGGUGCUGGCGAGCGUUUCGUCUGCCUUCGCCUUUUUCGACAAAUGGGACGCUGCGUUUACGCAUGAGGACUCUAUGCUGAGCUACCUUCCGCUGAGCCAUAUCUUCGAGCAGCAGGCCGAGGGUCUGAUGCUCGGAAAGGGCGCCAGGAUCGGCUUCUACUCUGGCGAUAUUAGAAAGCUGCUUAACGAUCUCGAGGUGCUCAAGCCCACCGUGUUUGCGGGCGUGCCGCGCGUCUUUGCCCGCUUUCAGCAGAAGAUCGAGCAGGGCGUUGAGGAAUCGAGCUUUAUCAAGAAGACCCUCUUCCACUGGGGCUAUGCCAGGCAGCUGCGCGCCGUGGAGAACCCGGGCGUCGUCGGUAGGAUGGGCCUAUGGGACAGGCUUAUCUUUGAAAAGGUCAGAGCCAAGAUCUUGCCCAAAACCAGGCUCGUGAUUACGGGCUCGGCGCCCAUGUCCGGGCAGACGAAUGACUUUUUGAAGAUUUGCUUCAAUUGCCCCGUCGUGCAGGGCUACGGCCUCACGGAGACGGUGGGAGGGAUGAAUUGUUCCGUCCCGGACCUGUCCAAGUCUGGUACGUGCGGCGGGCCCUUGCCGGGCGUGCAGGUCAAGCUGCGGGACCUUCCGGACAUGGGGUAUCUCAACCAGGACAAGCCGUACCCGCGCGGGGAGGUUUGUGUCAAGGGCGCGAUAGUGUUCGACGGGUACCACGAGAACGAGAAGGCGACCAAGGAAGCGUUUACGGAGGACGGGUUCUUCCGUACGGGCGACGUCGGGCAAUGGCUCGAGGACGGGUCGCUGCAGAUCAUCGACCGGGCCAAGAACCUGUUCAAGCUCUCGCAGGGCGAGUACGUGUCGCCCGAGGCGCUGGAGCAGGAGUACAACAAGGCCAAGCUCUGCGGGCAGAUCUUCGUCUACGGCAACUCGCUGCACGCGACGCUACUCGCCGUCGUCGUGCCCGACGUCCCGGCCGCAGAGGCGUGGGGAAAGCACCGCGGCCUCACGACCAUGGAGAGCAUCGCCGCCGCGCCGGGCUUCAAGAAGGAGUUGCUCGAGCAGCUCGCUGAGAUCAGGGAGAAGAGCCACUUUAAGAAGUAUGAAACCAUUCGCGACGUCGUGAUUGAGGUGAGCGAUCUUAACGAGAUGGGACAAGGUUUUACGGUGGAUAACAACCUCAUGACGCCCUCCUUCAAGCUUAAGCGGCCGCAGUUGAAGACCAAGUAUCAGGGUGCGUUGGAUGCGCUGUAUGACCAGAAGCAGUAAAAGCGGUCCGUGGGGGUCAAGUGGAGAGUUGAAACUCCUUGGCAAAGGUACUACUUUCAGGAGGUAUGGGAUUCUUCUGGGCAUUUUGGGUGCAAAUAUUUGUGGUGCAUCGUUUUGGCGGAGGUGUCGUAGAGUUGACUGAUUAUACGCGGAGUGGAUUGUUGGGCCGUUUUAUCUCUUGUGAUGACGCUCUUCGAUAAUCGGAGAUUUGCUAGUUGUUGACUUGGAUCCUGGGUUCCCUUUUGCAACAUACACGUCCAGUCAAGAGCUGGUAGAAUACAGUACAAGGGGUCCCACGCUAUAGUGCUACCCCAUGACAGACCUCGACAUAUGGCACUAUUGCGUGAGUGGCACUAUACAGAAAGCGCAAAACACAAUCAUUUACAGACAUAACAAGCAUCCGAAACCAUCGUUAAAGGCCUUUAGUAUGAGUCGUGUGUAU